AAAAAUUCAGAUUUAUUUUUCCGCUAUUGUCUUUUAGAAACUUUUUUCUAACUCUUGACUAGAAUUUUGCUUCGCAUUUUCUUGGAACUUUCUUGAACAAAGUGUAAUAUAGUCACACUUAUAAAUAACUUAAGAUAUAAGAUUAUUCGUGGAAGCCAAUUUAAAGUGAAAAUAAGAACCCAUUAAAUAGAAAACAUUUCGAUAUUUUACUUCUAUAAAUUACUUCAAAUUCAAAUUAGUCUUUGAAAAAAGUUUCCUGUUCUUGUAUGUGAAUUUACUUCGAAAAACGAGAACGAUUUACCUCAUUUGGAUUCUGAAUCUAAUCGCAAAUAACCAACGCAGCUUAAGAAGGAAUAUUUUUUGAGCGGAACGAAGAAAGACUAGAAGCCGCCGCCAUGUUCGGGAUGCUCAAUCCUAUGAGUGCCGUCACCAGCUCGAUGGGAGGUGGCGAGAGCAGCGAGACCGACAAGGAGAAAGAGGAAGAGGCCGAGAGGGAGAGACUGGAGGCUCUGGCGGAACAGGAGGAGAGACGUAAGGAGAAGCACCGCAAGAUGGAGGAAGAGAGGGAAUUAAUGAGACAGGGUAUCCGGGAUAAGUACAAGAUCGAGAAGAAGGUUGAACCCGAGGAGAGCUUUGAGCCCGCCAUGCCCGACAACCCGCUCAUGAGGAAGAAAAAAACUCCUGAGGAACUCGCCGCUGAGGCCGAGGCUGCGGACCAGGACGAGUUUACGAAAUUGAAAAACACCAUCGAGACGCAAAUAAGCGAAGUCAAGCAGCAGAUCGAAGAAAAAUUUCACGUGAUUAGCGGGGGUAAGUGCGUCUUACAGUAAGGAAUCCACCUUCAAAGACGUGCGCAAGGAUUCAGCAGCAGAACAUGGGAUUUCAGCGGCAGCUUCAGGGCUUCAAAUGCUAAAGCGUCAACUUCACGUCAUCCAACGCCUGCUUCUUUACAUUACUUGAGAGAUAUUCUGUGAAAUUUUUGAAGAGAUACGAGAUAGUCACCGCCGCAUUAAAGUUUAACCAAAAUUUCAAGGAGGUUUGUGCAUUAAAAUUAUCCAUGGCAAACAAAGGCAUAUUCAAACUUGCCGAAUCAGCAGAACAUACAGUCUGAAUUUUUUCAUACUGGACAGUUUGUUAAACAUUAAUCUUUUUUGGAACACAUCUUUUUACUCACUCGUUGAGACAUUUAAUUUCGUCUGAUGUAACUGCGCUCGGCAAAAUGAAUGAGGUCAUAUUGUGUAAAUAGUGUUUUACUUCUACUCGUAGCACUGAUACGCCCUGCGGUGACGCCAGACA